AUAUAUAUAAACCAACACAUGAGUAUAGAUAAAGUAGGAAAUGAAGAGGCAGAUAUUCUGUGGAGGUGUUCAGCAUGUAAUGCUAACCGUCAAUUAAAAAUCAUUCAAUCAAGAGUAUUGUUUUCCCUUCAGGAUAAGACUGUGCUUUCUUUGUUUGUUUUUUUCCAUUUUAUUAGGUUGUAAAUAUGUAUUUUGAAUAUAUAUCACUGUGUUUGUUUUGAUCUUGAUUAAUUUAUUUAAUGCCUAUAUAUUGUUGUUUUUAUGUAACCUGAUUUUGUUUUACUAACUGGAAACAAAUCAAGGGGAGGGAAACGUGUUGCUUAUCAAACAUUUUAUAAUUCAUGUUAAUCUCUUCAUUCAUGUUUUGCUGUUUCGGCUUUGGGUGAUGAUUUUACAAAAAAAAAAAAAAAAAAAGUGAUACUCAUUUCAUUGUAUUAACUGAUAUGUAACAUAUUCUGUUUUACUGUGUCGUAUUUGAUCAGAUGUGUCGUGGUCACUGCUCGUGAAAUGAUUUUAUUCAGAGAGUUUCCAAAUCAUGACAAAAGAUAAAAGCAGUCACAAGGUCAUAAUCUGCCAUUUUGUUCGUGUGAGACAUGUUGUCACUUGCACAUUGCACCAAGAGAAAGACAAUGUGAAGUGUAACCUAAAGUCUUAAAAUGUUGGGCCAGGUGUGUGUGGAAAGUUCAAGAAAUGUUGACCCCGGAUUUGUCUUUAUGACUAGAUCAUUAGCAGUAUUUUCUUAUUCUACUUAAUAAAAUACAAAAAGAUAAUUGAGGCAAUUGACAACCCUCUUCUGAAAAAUAAGAAAUCACUCCAGUGCUGUAUGGAGCCACAAAAUGCUCAAUAGUAAAUGGAUAAAUAAUUAAAAUAAUCAAUUGAGCAAUUUAGCCAGUUAGCAUCUGUUAGCUAGAGUUUUAACAGUGUCAAAUUCUGAUUCAACCAAAUAAACGUUUGAUUGAGUUUAAAAGUGAUCCCCGGAUUCUCGAGAGAAUCCAGCUGCCAUGCAAGGUGUGUGCAUACGCACUGUAACAUGUUAUUUAGCUUAAGAAGGCCGCACAUGCUACCUGCUUAGCCAGAAAACUAGCUAAAAGAGCACAGGAAGCUAGCUAAUACAGCUAAACUAUCCAGACUAGCUAGUUAGCAAUCUAGGUAAGUAGCAUGUGCUAAAUAGCGUCAUAUUUCAUCAUAAUGAAGUUGAGCUUCAAUACAUCUCUUGAAUUACAUAGUUUGUUUCUGUAUUUAUAUAUUCAAUAGUGAACACUUGAGGCUCCCUAUUCGCUUUAUUUUUUAAGUAAGGUGUCGGUGAAAGGUUAAAGGGCGCAGGGAGGAAGCGAUGGAGUGAAGAGGUAACUUCAUGAGUACAAGUGCUGGGUAUAGAGUAGUGUAAGUAGAGUGAAGAAUCGUUUGGGUUCUAGCUGUUUGAGGUGUUAGCAGAGAGAAAGGUGUAGGUUAAAACAUCUCUGGUAUGUGUUCAAGAUGCCACACCUCUGCAUCUAGUCGGUGUAAUUUUGAAUGGGGCAGGUCUUGCACAGGAACGCUGUUAAUUAUCAUGAGUGUUAAUGUUAGGAAUGCUGAAUGUCUGUGUCGCUUCGUGUGAAGUUGUGCAGCAUUGUUCCAGUUUUCCUUUGCACCUUUUUAACCAUCACGGGAACAGUGCGAUUCACAUUAAGUCGUCCGUUCCUGAAUAUUGUGCACAAGCUUUUUAACCACACCUACUUGCAUUUCUCCAGAGCUGACGAAUAAAGUUUACAAUUCAUGCAUAAAAAAAGCAAGCUUUCCCUUUGUAGGUAAAAAGUGCCAACUUGAUUCACUUGCAGUAGCGAAGGGACUUGAACUCAUGCCAUUGCUUGACAUUUAGCAACGUCGCAUGAUGUUUGUAGUGAACAAUCUUUAUUUAAGUUGGUCACAGUAACGUUUGUGGCUUGUGUGCGCGGUGAGUGGUCAAUGUAGGCUAUUUUGAGGUGUCGUGUUUUCAACACUAAUCUGAUCUAUGUAACUGGAGGUUUAAUAAUGUAAGGCUGAAAAACAUCACUGUGGUUUACAGGCAUCGAACAAUUUGACUCAGCAUGAGAGGAGUCGUUGAGGUGGGGUUUGUUUUUCAGAAGUGUCAGACUGGACUUGAAAAGUCUAAUAAUGUGUAAGUAUUACACAAAAUAUCUCAAUAGCUUUUGAGAGUUGACACAUCUGUGGAUUUGACCGUCACUUUUGACUCACUUUUGAUCCAUUAGUGAAGAUGGGCAGCAUUCAGAGCAAGCUUGAAGAGCAUCAUUUUGAUUCACGUAACAUUGCUGAGUUAAAUUCUUGAAUUGUCCUGUGUGUCACUGCCUUGAGUCAGUCAGUGGGAGGUUUUCUCUCGUAUUUCGCUUGUUAUUUUGUAAUAUUGCUUCGUUCUCAAAUGAUGUAGCAAGUGACAGGUGUGUUUUUAUGUUCACUGUCAAUCCAGUUUUUCAUGUUAGUGAAGGCUUGUUGCUUAAUUGUGGUUUGAGAUAAAGAAAGAGAAACAGUUCCGUCUCAGUGACAAAGAAUACGUGGGAUGUGCUGCUGUGCUUAACAAUUCAUCGAAGAGCGUCAUUACAUCCAUUUUCUGUUUUCACGUAUAACAUAACCCCGUUGGAUGCCAUGGGCUCAAUGCUGUUAGACAAUUCUUUUAAGGUUUUCCUCUCAUGGGGCAAGACGUACUUCAGGAUUUAUCUUGUAAUGACUGCAACAAAAUAUGAUAUGAGGUAUUAUUCAAGUAAAUACAAAGGUGUGGCUUUUUGUCAUGAUUUAAAUGAGACUGAACUGAAAUUAUGCCAUUGUCAUUGUGCUAAAAUGAAUAUAAAUAUUAUAUAUUAAAAUAUAUUUGCUAACCUAUGCUGUGUGAAGUUGCUUUCUUUCGAAGAUGUUUGAGAGGUUACAAAAAUUCAAAGAUAGCAUAUUGAGGAAAGGGCGGGAAACAGUUUAUUUGGACUCUGGAGAUUAUCUUGAGUCAUCAGGUCAUGAUUUCUGGAAAGAGACAUUGCUGUGAUUUUUUUUCAAAUAUAUAUAUUUGGCACUUUGUACACUACAAGUGCCAUAUAGUACCAUUGUAUUGAAGAGAAGGCAGCCAUCUCUAUGACCGAUAUCUCCAAAACUAGGCAACUUACAACAAAACAAUCUGAUUACUGCACGAGAGCUAUGAGGACAGUUCCCCUAUUAUUUUGAGGGGAACUGUCCCUUUAAGACACAGCUGCAGACUGUUUGACUGUAAUCCGUCACCUCUAAUCAAUGUAACACUGACCAAACAAUAUUUAAUAUUUUUUAUAAAUAUCUGUCUGCUAGAGGGGGUAUGUGUGCACUCAGCUUGAGACAUUGUUGAAGGUUGACAGUGACCAAAACCAGAAACUGAACUGAAAAACACUCUUUGUUUGUGAGCUCUUGAUUGCCCCGCCCAUGUAGGCAUUUCCAGUGAAACGAUACUCACAGCAAAUGUUUAAAACAACACAGCAAUACCAAAAGACAUCUUUGGAUUUGUCAUCCACAAGGCCAAAUCUACAGGAUUUCACUCAUUCAACUUUUUUAUUUGCCUUUUUUUCAAGAAGGAAGCAAAUGAAACCUUGAAUGACCUACAAACAGUUUGAUCACAACAACAUAACUUUAUCUGGCAUUCACAGCUUCACAUAUCUCUCUGGAAUCACACCCAUUGUGGGGGUGGCAUGUGGCAUAUAUGUACCUCCAACACCCUUCAGGUUUCAGCAGCAAUGUAGUGCAUGACAUGUUCACAGGACUUCUGCAUCAUUUGGAAAAAGAAACUGAGAGUCUGAGAUGGCAAGUGGAGCAGCCCCGUCCACCGCUAAAAGUGGAAAAUUAGAAAUCAAACAUUCCCUCUCCCUGUUGGAUGUUCUCUAUGCAAAUCAGUUCGAAGGAGAGUCUUUCCCUCUAGAACUUCUUCAUCAGACAGAGGAAAACUUUUACAGAGGGGCCCCACCCAAAUGGUUAAACUUUCACAUUAGUGAACAGAGAGAGUCAGAUGGCACUGGAACUCCCUUCAUCAAACGAGAUGGAUAUGACACACUUGUGGAAACAAUUCACCAAAGGAGAAGAUUCCCAGGAAUAUCAACUGUUCAACUGUUCCACCAGCCAGGAUGUGGGGGAACCACAUUGGCCAUGAAGGUGUUGUGGGACUUGAGGAAAACCUUCAGGAGCGCUGUUUUAACGGGCUCAACCUCAGACAUCACAAAGGUUGCAGAGGAUGUGGUCCAGCUUUUCACAGCAGGCAGUCGACGCAACCACAACACUGUGCUGCUGUUGGUGAAUGAUGAGAAGAUUAUGAAAGAACUGGAAGGUAGCAUUAAGGUGACGAUUGCUGAGCAGGACAUACACGUCCCCGGCCAUAUGCCUGUGGCUAUUUUACUCAACUGUGUAAGAAAGGAUGUGGUUCUACAGAGUGACCAUAUCGUCCUACAAAAAGACCUUUCUGAAGAAGAGAAGCACAAAUUUGAUGAGAAAAAGAAAGAACUGAGCAUAAGGUACAGUGAUGGACACAAACAAUUCCACGGCUUCAACAUAAUGCAAACUAAUUUCUCUCAGGCUUACAUCCAAGAGGCAUGUUCUGUUUUCAAAACCACCAAAAAAGCCAAUAGACCACAGAAGAACCAGCUUGCUGCCUUCUUAUCCCUGCUCAAUGCCUAUGUACCAGGCUCAUUUCUCCUGGAGUCCAAGUGCAUGGACUUCUUCAAACAUGACGACUACAGCCACGGAGACUUUUCUCUGGAGGACAGGAUGGAGCCCUUCAGCCAUCUCAUCAUCACAUUCCAACAAGAUGGAAGAUCUGAAAAAAAAGUCUGCAUGGCUCACCCUAUGAUAGCACAGUGUUGUACUGAAUUGAUGGCUAGAUCCGGUGUGACCAGAAGUGACACAGCAAGAAACUUGUUGACUCGUUUGUGCUUUGAUGAGACCCCUCCGUUUUUGGUUGGUUUCAUCAAAGACAUGCUCACCAAGAGAGGAACAAAACCAAAAGACAUGAAAAAAGAAGAGGAUCCAAUCGAUGGAACAGAGUUUGAAGAAAGGUAUUCUAGGCUCAUCCUAGAUAUUCAAAAGAUUGAGAGCAAUAAACAGAGUGUGUCAGUUCUAAAGGUCGCGUCACAGCUGUUUCAGCGAAAUCCAUUUUUUCCACAAGCGCUUGCUCGUUUUUAUUACACAGAACUGAGAUACUACAAUCGGGCUGAAAAAUGGGCAAAGAGAGCAAAGCUAAGAGAUCCUCAAAAUUCCUUUGUUGCUGAUACACUGGGCCAGGUCCAUAAGAACCAUUUGAAGAACAAAGAGCGUCCUGCCAAACCAAGAGAAAUUUUGCAACUGGCAUCAAAGGCCAUUGAAGCUUUCAAAGAUGAAGAAAGACUUGCUGAAAAUCAACAGGGGUCGGAGAUGAAAGGAGAUGGCAGUACCAAAGUCUCGAAUGUUUUUAACGUCAGAGGGCAGGUUGGUUAUGUGCAGGUCUGCAACCUUGUGUAUGACCUGCUUGUCAGUCAGAACGAUACUUGGAGAGAAGUUCUUACAAAGAAUGUGUCCUUGGGCUCUGUCCUGGAAUCACUUGGAGACAACAAACUCUUCAGAUUUAACGAUCUGAUAAACAGCCUCAGAGAUGAGAUCGAGAGAAAAUGUGCAUUCUUCGAUAAAUAUCUGACUUAUUCAAAGCCUGACGUGAAAGACGAUCCCGCGUACAUUUCCGAAGACACCUCAAAGUGCUACAGGAACUUUGUCGGAAACUCCCCAUCCAAAGCUUUCAAACAAAAAGGCGCUGAUCUCAUCCAGAAGCUCAAACAAAACCUAGCGAACACGUCGGCUGGAGUACUCUCGUGUCUUGACAGAGAAUGCACUGAAUCGGACCUUAAAGAAAUAACUACAUGGUGGGAAGAAAUCUUUCUUCAGAAAGAUACAGUCACAGCUCUGGUCAACUACAUCCUCGCUCACAUCAUGUUAAGAAAUAUGGGAGCAAUAUCUCCUUCUGAUUGCAAACAUCUAGCUGCAUUCAAAGAGAAAAUGCCUCUGAUCCCCAACGAUUCACCUGAGCUCCACAUGUUAGCCCUCCUCCUGUGCUGGCCUACAGGCAGUGAAGCCAAAUGUGUCCUCGACCUCAAUGAAUUAAUUCGACGGAUGAACCGAUCUUACGAAGUUGCAUAUAAGAUACACUUUCGAUCGCGGUACCUCCGCCCCCUGUUCUUCAUUGGAAAUGGUGAAGACCUGAAGAGAAUUGUUCACAGAAAGGUCCUCGAAAAUUUGUUUCUAGAGCAAAGUGAGGAAACAAAACAAGAUUGGAGCAACAACUGGAGGAAAGAGAAGAUUUUCAAAGUUCCCGAGGUCCAAGCACGCCUUGUCAAAGUUGAAGGAGUGGUACGAAAGUACAGAGUCUUUGCAACUAUUGAUGACGUAAUGAUUGAGGUGGAUGCAAACCGCCAAAACAGCCUCUGGAGACCACGGCGAGUUUCCUUUUACCUCGGAUUUACCAUCAGAGGUCCUGUAGCCUUUGACAUCCAGACAAAACCUGCAGCCAAGGAUAAGACGGACUGUGUAGCAGAAGAAAUCUCAGGGAUGAAUCGUUCCGAACCCGAACAAAUAACACCAGAAGAUACCACUGGAGGUCAGCAGUUUGUGGAUCUCCAUCAGACACAUCUGAUGAACGGAGUGAGCGAUACAGGAGCCAUCCUGGAUAAGCUCAAGGACGGGGGAUGGAUCUCAGAAGAGAACUACGAGGCUUUGAGAUCUUUAAACAAAGCACAAGACCAGAUGAGUGGCAUUCUGCAGUGUUUGACUUCAGGUGGCAAGGACGCACUCUAUGAAAUCCUAAAAAGGAUGAGAAGCAUGAGGCCUCUCAUCGCUGAGCUUGAGGGAUCUGAGUAAAGGAACGAAGUGUCAAAGUAAAAAGAAUUGCUGUAGCUAUGGACAAUAAGUGGGCACAAUGUUAUCCAUAAAAUGUUUAGCAUUCUUACAGUACUGGUCAAACAGGAAAACACUUUUAGUUUAGAUGAAAAGAGUGACUUUAAUUAAAGGAACGGUGUGUAGCGUUUAGGGGGAUCUAUUGGAGAAAUGGAAUAUAAUAUUAAAAGGUAUGUUUUCUUUAGUGUAUAUUUAGUGAAGUUGUGUUUUUGUUAUAUUAGAAUGGGACGUUUAUAUCUUCACGGAGCCAGCUGCAGUGUUUCUACAGUAGCCCAUAACGGACGAACCAAACAUUAGCUCUACAGACGGCCAUUCACGUCAGACCCUAAAGUUCUCCUACACGCUCGUUACACUGGAGAUUCUUCACUUGGUUGUAAUCUGCAACCUGACUAAGUCCUACACACACUAGACCUGUUAGGAGAUUAAGCUUCUAGAACUUUAACAAUUUAUCUAUUUAAGCAUUUAUGGAUUCAUGAAACAUAUGAAGCAACAACCAAAGAAAGAUGUUCUCUCAGUGGAAAAUAGCGAUAUGGGUCAAGCAAACCCAAUGUAAAGGAUACACAUAGGUGCCUUUUUUAUAUUCUGUUUAAAGGUUUAAAUUGUCUAUGACUGUUACAAAGCUUUUAAGCGUAGAUUUGUCUUCCUCAUCUAGCCAGAAAAAGCCAGGUGAAUGCAACUAACAGAGAACUGUAUGGGGCUGUUGGCGGCCAAGGCACCAGUAUAAUAGAAUGACGCUUGAAUGGGGAAAUGUACGGGAGGGAUUGACCAAGAAACGAAACCUAGAGGCACUAGAUAAGAUACCAUAUUGAAUAUGGAACAGAAACUAAAUGUUUUGGGGGCAUGUUCUCCCCCGCAAGCUCCACAAAAGCAGGAGGUAUUGAAUGUUAUGAACGUGUGUAUUUUCUCAGUCUAAAUCCAGGUGCUCCAUGGACCAGCUUGAUUUACAUGUAAUCUGUUUCAUCUUGCAAUAAACAUAUUGAACUCCA